UUCUUCUUCCUCCUCCUCCUCCUCCUCUGCUUCUCAUGGCCGUACAUCUCCACCUCCUGUCGCCUUGCUGAAGCUGACGACCACUGCUCGUUGAGAUCCGCUACUGCUACUGCUACUGGAGUCGAGGACGAGGCGAGACGCGACGCGACGCGACGAGAGCGAGACGGAAUAAUGCAUGGCGCAACACACCUCGCCGAGCCGGGCUGAUGCAUCAUGGCUGCUCCCUACCAACCGCAAGCUCCGCAACCUGAUUGCCAUCUCCCUGCGCAACAUUUCUCUCGCACCCGCCUCGCCCGUACGGAAGAAAGGCCAGGUCUUCGACGACGAUGCUCUGCCGCAGACCCUCAAGUCGCCCGCCAAAUUGCUGGCUCUCAGGGAGCAGAAGGCCAUGGGACAUUCGCGCAGCUCAACCGACUUGCGCGCAGUCCUCGAAGAAGAAAACGCUCUCGCCGCAGACGAUGACGGGGCCAGCAGUGUUGUCGACUCGGUUUCUGGCAGUCCCGUAGCUAGCAAGAGCAAUGCAAAAGAGAAGGUGCAGAAGCCUGCCACCACCGCGCCCACACGCCCGCCUUUCAGGACGCUGAGGAGACGAAGCACGCUCGAGUGGGCCAGCGCUACGCCCCAACGAAGGCAGGAACGCCUGGAAGAUGUCACCAAAGGGCGAAUGGUGGACGUCUUCUUCAGCUUACAUGUGCAAGAUGUCGAAGAGCCUAUUUACAUCUCGGAGACUGUCGAGCAUACCAUGAACCCAACUUUUCGCUAUGUGGAUUGGGAUGCAUGUGGGCCAGGGGUCACCCGCCUUAGCAGUGUGGCUCUACGAGUGUGGAUCAAGCGCGGCAGUUGUACAGCAUGGCAGCAAUUGCUUCAAUUGAACAUUGCUCUCGAAGGCCUGCACUAUCUGGGCAGAACACUCGAUACCCUUCACUCGCCUCUUCCCGAAAACGCCAUCAUCUUGCAAAUGACAGACGGAGUGUACACCGCACCCACAGGCUCUUUGGCCGAGCUUGCGCCUCCUGGUCCCAGGAACGCAAAGCCGUUAUCAAGUACCCGCAUACUGCCGACAUCAUCUUUUGAUGCCCUGCUGAGGUUGUCCAAGCUCGACGACAGUAUUCAGGAUGCAUUGGCUACUCGUGAUCAGAUUUCGAAUGACCUGAAUGCUCUUCUACAAUCGAACGAGAAAGCUCUGGCUGAUCGUGAUGAAGUCGCCGAGGCCGAGGAUCGCUUGAAGACCAUUGAUUUCGCCAAGAAGACUGUCGAGAAACAGCUCGAGAAAGCCCGCAAGCAGCAAGAAGAAAGGCGUACCUCUUUGAGUACUAGACGUGCUCUGAUGGCUUCUGACAUAAGCACGCGCAAGAGUGACCAUCAGUCGAUCCAGAAGACCAGGCCAGAUUUUUCCAGUAUGCGCGAGGAGCACCAGGCCAAAGUAAUGGCUAUUCAGAAUCAGAGGCGUCGCAUCUGCGAAGGAUUGCUACACAUCUACCCCAUUGAGCAACUUCCUGGCAAAGUGCUCUCGUUCAGCAUUGGUGGUCUGCAUCUGCCGACAUCAGACCAUCUAGACUCUGAACCACCGGAAAUAGUAGCAGCUGCGCUUGGUCAUGUUGCACAUACUCUCCAGCUGCUCUCGUUCUACUUAUCAUAUCCUUUGCCCUAUCCCGUCACACCUCGAGGUAGCACCAGUUUCAUACAUGAUCCGAUCAGUAUACUGCAGACCAAGAAUGCGAUCACGACCGAGAAAGCUGAAGACAAACUACGAACAUACCCACUAUUCAGCAAAAGUAUGCCUCGAUUCCGGUUCGAGUACGCUGUAUUUCUGAUCAAUCAAAACGUUCGAGUGUUUCUCGAAAGCGAGUUCAGACUGCGCAUACUGGAUGUGAGACAGACGCUAGCAAAUCUGAAAUACUUGCUUUACGUUGCUACUGCUGGCGAGGGCGAGCUUCCGGCAAGAAAAGCUGGCGGGGUCCGUGGUUUAAUGCGAGUACCUGCAAUGCACCGUGCUGGUUCUGCCGACUCUGCCAGUAGUGGGCUGUCUGGCCUGACAUUGCUCAGUAACGGCAAGGCCAGAUCCCACGGGGGUGCCGCAGAUCGACUGCGAGAGAUCAGUGCAAAGGUAUCAUGAUGCCAAGUUGUAUACCUUUGGGACAUGGGAACAUACAUGUAGCUGUAACGUAUGCUUUUGGGCGACAUUGGAAGAUAUGUGCCAAAAUUCGUGUAUCCUUAAAAAAUUUGAGAGAGGUUUCCGCCUUCCUUACGGCUUGCAGCUACGCUAUGGUACUUUUAGACACGCUCCACACACCAACUGCUGCAACACCCACUGUUGCGGACGCUCUGCUCUACAUAGGUCACAGAGAUGGUAGAGAAUACUAUUACUUCGGGCUGUCCUUCUCGCAGGGGCUCUCCAGAGGCAAACAAAAGGCAAAGUGACUCCGCGAAUCCUUGAUAUAUGUCUCC